AGUGUAUGGAAUUCAAAGCCGCAAAUCCCAUUCAUAUUGGGAGGCCCAGCAACGAGCAACAAUGGCGAAGAUUGUGGUGGAUGCAGUAAAGGCUGGACCGAGGCAGUGAGCGAGUGAGUCGCUACCAGCACCCUCUAAUCCACAAAGUGAGUAAAAGUAGUAGCAACAGUGUCACCCACAUUCGCCUUGCCUUGAUGAGGUCCAUGGAUCCAUCAAUCAGUGCCUCUUCUGCUUGAUAGCACAGCACUACACAGAGUAAUGGUGUUGUUGCCAAGGUGCUGGUGCUGGUGCUGGUGGUUGUGGAGAGAAGAAGCAGACCAACUUGCAACAAAGUAGAACUCAACCACUUCUGUAAAUUUUUUUUUUUCCUUCGUUGACUACAAUUUGCUCUCCGCUUCUUGCCGUUAUCAAUCAAAUCUUCCUUUCUCUCGCUCCCUCUCUCUCUCUCUCUCUCAGGAGGUAGGUGGGUCUCUUCAAGGUAGGCACCUCUUGCUCUCUCCCUCUCUUGAAUGCUCCAUGGCCUUAUUUAUUUUUCUCACUUUUCAAAGGCCUCACGCUGAGAUGGGGAUAAGUCCCUUUUCGUAAAUGGCACAGCUGAGGCCACUGUUCCUUUGAUUUCUGGUAUCUCCAUGUGCCUUUGCUAGAUGUCAAAAAGCUUCUUCUUCUUCUUCUUCUUCUCUUUUUUAAAAAUAUUUUAAAUUGCAUUUUUAUUGAUACAUAUUCCUCUGUUAUGGAUUGGAAGCUCUUGUUAAAAUUCUCCUCUGUUAGUCAUGAAUUCGGCCCACCAUUUUAUCUUCUCCCAGCUUUACCAGCUUCUUGGUGAUUGACCUUUUUUCAAAAUUUAUUUAUUUAUCACAAUGAUGCAAUAAUUUCGUAUUGAAAUCGCCUUAAAGACAAAUUUUUGAUGCGGUAGUAUUGGAAAACAAGACUUGCUUGUUUUCUGGACCUUCAUUUUGUUCCUUUUCUUUUCUUUCUCCUCUCUUGUUGUCUCCCAGAAAUGGCAAGAACUGUUGCUGGUUCCCUAAUCCGAAAGCAUUUUCGAUUGCUAUUGAUUAUUACUUUUGGUGUCUUCUUGGUAAGGUCGUUAAAUGAGGAGGGUGCUUUUCUUCUGGAGUUUAAACAAUCACUCAUUGACCCAAAUAACAAUCUCCAAAGCUGGAAUUCUUCCCAUAUGACCCCCUGCUCUUGGGCUGGCAUAGGGUGUAGUUCUGAUUCUAAGGUAAUUUCUGUAGAACUCAGUAACCUUAAUUUGUCUGGAAAUUUAUCGUUUUCAAGCAUUUGUAAGCUACCUCAAUUAACCGAGUUAAAUAUCUCAAGAAACUUCAUCAUCGGUCCAAUUCCAAAAGCUCUUGUUGACUGUCAUCAUCUUGAGGUCCUAGACCUCUGCACCAAUAGGCUCCAUGGAGAACUUCCAACCCAGCUCAGCACAAUUGCCACCCUCACACAGCUUUAUCUGUGUGAGAAUUUUAUUUAUGGUGCAAUUCCACAGGAGCUUGGAAAUUUAACUUCACUCAAAGAGCUUGUCAUUUACAGUAACAAUCUCACUGGCACAAUUCCCCCAUCCAUUGGUAUGUUGAAAAAACUUAAAGUGUUCAGGGCAGGUCUGAACAUCCUCUCAGGUCCAAUUCCUGUUGAAAUCAGUGAUUGUGAGAGCUUGGAAAUGCUGGGUCUGGCACAGAAUCAGCUGGAAGGUUCCCUUCCUUGGGAACUUCAGAGGCUGAAGAACCUUAGCUCCAUAUACCUGGCAAAAAACCGGUUGUCUGGUGAAAUUCCUGUCGAGAUUGGGAAUUUCAGCAACCUCGCAAUGCUGGCACUGAAUGAAAAUUCUUUUAGUGGAAGGAUUCCAAAAGAGCUUGGAAAGUUGACUCACCUGACUAAUUUGUACCUCUAUACAAACCAGCUGAAUGGAACCAUUCCCCGAGAACUAAGGAACUGUGUAAAAGCAAUGGAGAUUGAUCUAUCUGAAAAUCGAUUAAGUGGGUUGAUUCCCAAGGAGUUGGCUCAGCUUGCUAAUCUCACUUUGCUUCAUCUCUUUGAAAACCAGCUGCAGGGAGGCAUUCCCCGGGAGCUUGGACAGUUGAAGCUGCUUAAGAGUUUAGACAUGUCCAUGAAUAAUUUGACAGGUACAAUUCCACUGGAACUUCAGAACCUUACAUUCUUGGAGGACUUUCAACUUUUUGACAAUCAUCUGGACGGUACUAUUCCUCCUCUUCUUGGUAGUAACAGUAAACUCAAUAUCAUUGACAUGUCUGUGAAUAAUCUUGUUGGUAGCAUACCUGCACAACUUUGCAAGUUCCAGACAUUGCUGUAUCUGAGCCUUGGGUCAAAUAAGUUAUCUGGAAAUAUUCCCCAUGGCAUAAAGACAUGCAAGUCUCUGCGGCAGCUAAGGCUGGGAGAUAACCGGCUCACAGGCAGCCUUCCAGUUGAACUAUCCCAUCUUUACAGUCUUUUCGCCAUUGAACUAAAUAAGAAUCGAUUUUCAGGGCUCAUACCGCCAGAAGUAGGUAAGAUUUGGAGACUGCAGAGGCUUCUUUUGUCGGAUAAUUAUUUUGUUGGACAAAUCCCUCAUGGACUUGGAAAUUUGGUACGUCUUGUCACCUUUAAUAUUUCCUCUAAUCAGCUUUCAGGGAGCGUUCCUCGUGAGUUGGGUAAAUGUAAAAAGCUACAAAGGCUUGAUAUUAGCAGGAAUCAGUUCACUGGCCAUCUUCCAGAAGAACUUGGCGAGCUGGUGAAUCUGGAACUAUUGAAGCUGUCUGACAAUAAAUUGACUGGACAAAUACCAAGAACCUUAGGGGGUCUGACCCGACUAACAGAUUUGCAAAUGGGUGGGAACCAUUUUUCUGGCAGUAUUCCUGUUGAGCUUGGCCAACUUGCUGCACUUCAGAUUGCUCUGAACAUUAGCUAUAAUGCUCUGUCUGGUACAAUUCCACCAAAUUUGGGGAAUCUACAGAUGUUGGAAGCACUUUACCUGAAUAACAAUCAGCUUGUGGGUGAAAUUCCUGCUUCAAUUGGUGAGCUUUCAAGCCUCCUUGUGUGCAACCUUUCUGACAAUAAAUUGGUAGGAACAGUUCCAAAUACCCCUGUAUUUUACAGGAUGGAUUCAAGCAAUUUUGCUAGAAACGAUGGUUUGUGCAUAUUGGGAUCAUAUCAUUGUCAUCAAUCUGGUAGCCCAUCUAUAACAGAAAAUUUAAGUGGGACAAAUGAGGGGUUGUCUAAGAAAAUAGUGAGUAUCAUUUCUGUCAUUGCUGGGCUAAUUACUUUGAUGUUUACUAUCGGAUUUUGUUGGUUUAUAAGGCACCAUAGAACUGCUCUUGUUUCACUUGAUCAUCAAACAAAGCCUGAUUUGUUGGAUAAUUACUACUUUCCGAAAGAGGGGUUCACGUACCAGGAUCUCUUGGAAGCUACUGGGAACUUUUCUGAGAGUGCUGUUAUAGGAAGGGGAGCCUGUGGCACUGUAUACAAAGCUGUUAUGGCCAGUGGUGAGGUUAUUGCCAUAAAAAAGCUGAAAUCCCGUGGAGAAGUUGCUAGUGUUGAUGGCAGCUUUCGCGCUGAGAUAACAACCCUGGGGAAGAUUAGACACCGUAAUAUUGUGAAGCUCUAUGGGUUCUGCUACCACCAGGACUCAAAUCUUCUUUUGUACGAGUACAUGGCUAAUGGAAGCCUAGGAGAACAACUUCAUGGAAAUGGCCAAACAAGCAUACUUGACUGGAAUACUAGAUAUAAAAUUGCUCUUGGAGCAGCGGAGGGUUUGUGCUAUCUUCAUUAUGAUUGUAAGCCCCAGAUCAUACACCGUGACAUUAAAUCAAACAACAUUUUACUAGAUGAAAUGCUUCAAGCUCAUGUGGGAGAUUUUGGUUUGGCAAAGUUGGUUGACUUCUCCCAUUCCAAAUCAAUGUCUACUGUGGCAGGUUCAUAUGGCUACAUUGCACCAGAAUAUGCUUACACAUUGAAAGUGACAGAGAAGUGUGACAUCUACAGUUUUGGGGUUGUUCUUCUAGAACUAGUAACUGGGAGGUCUCCUGUUCAACCACUUGACCAGGGAGGAGACCUUGUAACUUGGGUGAGGAGAUCAAUUCACAAUGCAGUUCCUGAUAUAUUUGACAAACGACUGGAUCUGAGUGCAAAGAGGACAGUUGAUGAAAUCUCUCUGAUUCUUAAGAUUGCAUUGUUCUGCACCAGUGCUUCCCCGCUUAAUAGGCCAACAAUGAAAGAGGUUAUAGCCAUGAUGAUGAAUGCUAGAGAGGCAAAGUGCAAUUUACAAAUGCCUUCAACAUCAGAAACCCCUUUAGAUGAAGAUACUUCUCCCAGAGCAAACAACAAUUUUGGGCACACAAAAUACUUGCUCGCUCAUAAUCUCAGUAGUGGGGAAUGACUUACUGCAUAUCAAAUAUUAGCUGCAGUCUUUAACGUGAUCCUAGCUCAACAUUUGACCACCACUGCCACCAUUUCCACCUCCACAGCUCCACUAUCCCACCUGCCUUGGAUUACCGAACAACCACAUUUUCCCCACUGUCACUGCCUCUACAUCGUUUUGCUACUAGAAGUUUUGUCUUCCUGUCUGCUAGGUAAACAUAAAACAAAAUGAGAUGCAAAAAAGGAAUGGACCCUUCUUCUGAAUGAUUUCCCUUAACAAUAACAUUCAUGUUCUUUAUAAGUUCCCCAUAAAUUGAUAUGUUGAAAACACUAUUUCUCCAUUCCUGGACGGGCCUGACUCUGCUUAUGUAAGCAGCUUGGAUGGUUAUUAACAAUAUUCUUCUGUUCUUUUUAUUUUUUAUUUUUUAUUUUUUAUUUCCCAGAUGAAAACUAGGUUGUGCAGAGGCGUAGGCUCUGCUCCAUCUUCCUAAGAGAGGAGCUUGCAAUCCUGAUAAUCUCCCUUAUCUCCCAUCUGCUGAUCCUCCAGCAUGCUGUCUAUACGCGUGAAAAUGCAAAGCAACGUUGAUGUUGGCAUUGUGUUUUGUGAUUCUUCCUUGAAUAACUGAUGGAUUGUACAGCAAAGGCUUAUGCUAAUCCCGCUGUUCAAAUUGAAAAAAACAAAGGAAAAAAAACAGAAAAGAAAAUCAUAUUUAAGCUCUAGUCCUGCCAAAUUGUACAUGGACACAAGAAGAAAAUCCAAAAAUUCAUUGUGUUUAGUGCUGUUGCCAAUGAAUGAUGUUCAUCCUAAACUAUAAGCUUCAAGAAACGUUCAUAUUUUGAUUGAUUGAUUGAUCUGCUUUGAUGGCAGUAUGAUACAUGUAAGAUAUAUUAUUUCUUUU